AUGUUUUCUGUCCCAAAAAUAGGCAGAAAAGUUUUAGAGUUCUCGUGCUUGAUGAACGAUCAACAGCAGUACUAUCGUCUUGCCUCAGAAUGCAAGACAUUUAUGACACUGGAAUUACCUUCGAUAAGUCGACUUUUAAAGGAUUUUUCAACUAACCCCAAAACGUACAAAGCAGCCUACGUAUAUUUUACAGUCGCCCCGUCCGAAGAUAUACUUAAACAAAUUUCAACCUCCCAUUGCAUAAGAUAUUUUAAGGCUCUUGUAGUUCUUAAUCUUGGAUUUUUACCUAUUGAAUCACACAUAUUUUCAAUAAAUUGUUACGAAACUGCCUGGCUCUACACAAGUCCGAUAGAUCGAGUACCUGAUAUGAAUGCUCGUUUGGAGAGUCUAGCGGAACAAAUCGCAACAAUAUGUGUUACACUCAAUGAAUUUCCGAAAAUUCGCUAUAGAAAACGAGCUAACAAUCUAGAGCUCGCUCAAUUUGUUCAAAUGAAGCUUGCAAAACACAAGGAAGAUAAUCCUCAACUUGGUCAAGGUCCUCAUAAAGAUAGAAGCAUUCUUCUUAUAUUGGAUCGUGGAUUUGAUCCACUCACUCCUAUCCUUCAUGAUCUUACACUCCAACCGUUAAUUCGAGAUUUAAAGGAUAUUGAAAACAAUGAAUAUGCUUACGGAAAUGGACAUAACUUCGAAUUAACAGACAAGGACAAGCUUUGGAAGGAGCUUCGAAAUGAGCAUAUUGCGGAUGUUUCGAGGAACUUGCCGUCUCGACUAAAGGCUUUCGCGGAAAGCAAGAAGCACUUCCUGGCAUCUAAAAAGAGAGCAAGUGAACUUAGUAGUUUAGGAAGUCAGCGCGGUUCAAUUGAAUCUAUUGAUAGUGCAGCAUCAUCUGGCGUUGUGAACUACGGAGCAGAAGUUCCUCCGGAUGUAUCCAGUUCUUCCAAGUCGAGCACUGCAAUGCUACGAUCUCUCCAGGUCAUGGUGCACGAGAUGCCCCAAUAUCAAAAGGAAGCUGCUAGCUACAAUGCCCUUGUCUCUAUCACUGACUACUGCUUAUCAGCCUGCCGGGAGAAUAUUAAUACACUUUGUUCGGUCGAACAGGACUUAGUAAUGGGACAGACAGCACAGGGAGAUCCUCUGGCGAACCCAAUGAUGUCACUUGUCAAUGUCUUGAAGCCUGAUUCAAUGUCAGAAGUGGAGAGAUUCCGACUCAUUAUGAUCUUCAUUCUAACUCAAGGAGGUAUUAUCGAGUCAAAUCUGGAGAAACUGCUUGACUACUCUCGCCUUUCAUUGACUUACAAAUCUCUUGUUGCUGCAAUGUCCUCGAUUGUUGGCGCACGUCUCAUUACAAGCACUGACGGCUCAUUCGACUCACCACUAUUUCGAGGGCUCCCGGAAAUUAACAGAGCACCCCCUUUCAUUCAAUACUAUCUGCCAACAAAGGGCAAACGGCUCCAUGAUGUGGACGAAAAUUCCUACGCCCUCUCACGAUGGACACCCUAUCUUGAUGAUCUUCUUGAGAAAUGUAUUUCAGAUACUUUGGACUCUCAGUACUUCCCCUACCUCAUGGGUUCCCAAGCCGCACUUUCACAAGCCAGCGCCUUCCUUCAGGCACCAGCCAUCGCUGCCACAUCAGAUGUGGAUAUACGGGGUCCCUCUGCUCGUUUUCGAGCUCCUUCACCAGCUCCCAACUCUGGAGCUGGUGGUGGACCAGGAGGAUCCGUUAAGGGACCGGCUGGAUCCUCUGCGGGUGACUCGAGAGGACACCUGCGCACUGGAAGUGGACAUAUUGGAGGCGAGAACCAAAUCUUUGGUCAGUCGCGAAUGAGCGAUCAUUGUGGUCCUCGACUCAUCGUGUUUGUGGUUGGUGGAGCUUCUUGGCCCGAAACUAGGGUCUGCUAUUCAGUCACUCAAAAGUGCAUUGAGGCUCGUUUGGCAAGCAGUGAGAAGUCCACAGCUAUAGCAUCAGCAAUUCCCCUAAAGGGAAAAGGUCACCUAAAUAAACAUCUCCGCAAAUCAGUUGGUGGAACGUCAUCAACGGACGCACCUCAACAACGCGUUCUCCAAAAUGGCGGUGGAACAGGCUGGAAUUGGGAGGUCGUCUUGGGUGGAACUGGUAUUCUUACACCAAAGCAAUUCGUCACCAAUUUGCAGCAUCUCGUCGACAAUACGUGA